AUGGAAUUUGGUUAUUCUCCUUCGCAUGGUUUCCAAAACGCUGCGUUUUGGCGGAUUGUUCUCGGGAUACAUUGUAUACUUACACUUGUGCAUACGGGGCUCUCAACACCACCGGAAGAUCCCGUCAGAUGUGUAGCAGGAAACACGGAUUGUAUAGUCACAAACUCAUACGGAGUCUUCCCAGACCGGUCCACGUGUCGAGCGGCCAACGUGGCUUACCCAACGACCGAAGCCGAGCUUGUCUCUAUCGUGGCAGCAGCCACUAAAGCCGGACGGAAAAUGCGUGUAACAACUCGAUAUUCCCAUAGCAUCCCUAAGCUCGCGUGCACUGACGGAACCGACGGUUUGUUCAUAAGCACAAAGUUUCUAAACCAUACGGUGCGUGCGGAUGCAAAGGCCAUGACCAUGACGGUUGAAAGCGGCGUGACGCUUAGGCAGUUAAUCUCUGAAGCGGCUAAAGUUGGAUUGGCGUUGCCUCAUGCACCGUAUUGGUGGGGACUAACUGUGGGUGGCAUGAUGGGGACCGGUGCUCACGGGAGCUCAUUGUGGGGUAAAGGAAGUGCAGUCCAUGAUUAUGUAACCGAGAUUAGAAUGGUUAGUCCUGGUUCUGUCAACGAUGGGUAUGCUAAGGUUAGAGUCUUAAGCGAGACUACGACUCCUAAUGAGUUUAACGCGGCUAAGGUUUCUCUUGGCGUUCUAGGCGUUAUCUCUCAGGUGACUUUUGAUUUACAACUGAUGUUCAAAAGGUCGUUAAAGUAUGUUAUGAGAGACGAUUUGGAUUUUGAUGAUCAAGCGUUGACAUUCGGUAGAAAACAUGAGUUUGCUGAUUUCGUAUGGUUACCAAGCCAAGGCAAAGUUGUGUAUCGAAUGGACGAUCGAGUAGCGGUCAACACGUCCGGCAACGGUUUGUAUGAUUACUUGCCGUUCCGUUCGCAACCCUCUGCUGCAAUAGCCACCAUAAGAUCAUCAGAGGAGACGCAAGAGACGGUCAGAGAUGCUAAUGGGAAAUGUGCGGGAGCCACAGUGAUUUCAUCUACACUGUUUGCUAGCUCAUACGGGUUGACAAACAAUGGAGUUGUAUUCACCGGCUAUCCGGUUAUUGGAAGCCAAAACAGUAUGAUGUCGUCGGGAUCAUGUCUAGAUAGCUUACAAGAUGGAUUAAGUACGGCGUGUGCAUGGGACUCACGUGUGAAAGGCGAAUUUUUUCAUCAAACAUGUUUCAGUAUUCCUCUCACGCAAGUCAAAAGUUUCAUCAAUGACAUCAAAUCUCUUGUCAAAAUCGAUCCAAAAUCUCUAUGUGGCCUUGAACUUUACAAUGGUAUUCUAAUGCGUUAUGUCACAACCUCCUCGGCUUAUCUUGGGAAAGAAACGGAAGCCCUGGACUUUGAUCUAACAUAUUACCGAGCCAAAGAUCCGUUAGCACCAAGACUCUAUGAAGAUUUUGUGGAAGAAAUUGAGCAGGUUGCGUUUUUAAAGUAUAAUGCAUUGCCACAUUGGGGUAAGAAUAGAAAUGUAGCAUUCGAUGGAGUGAUUAAAAAAUACAAAAACGCACCUGCUUUCUUGGAAGUAAAGGAGAGUUUUGAUCCCAACGGAUUAUUCUCGAGCGAAUGGACGGAUCAAAUCCUAGGGAUCAAAGGAAACCCUACAAUUGUAAAUGAUGGAUGUGCAUUGGAGGGACUUUGUAUUUGUUCGGAGGAUGCUCAUUGUGCUCCGACCAAAGGCUAUUUGUGUCGACCGGGAAAAGUUUACAAAGAGGCUAGGGUUUGUACACGUGUCAGUAACAUAAACGCGUAA